UUUUACUCAAAGGGCUUCAAGGAUCCCCGUUCCACCCCAUCCAAGCGCCGAGACACCAGAACAGCCAAUCCCUCUCCAUCUGGGCCGCCAUCGUCUGUGACAGGCUCCCGUCGUCAUGGGGAUGAAGAACGCCCUGCUGGGCCUGGUGGGCGUGGCCCUCCUCCUCCACCUCUCCUCGGCCGGCCUGGUCAAGAAGGUGCUCCGCCACCGCCGGGAGGCCCUGGCUCCCCAGUCCCAGGAGAACUUCACGCUGCCCCACCCGGACCAGCCCGUGGUCUUCAACCACGUGUACAACAUCAACGUCCCGGCCGCCUCCCUCUGCUCCGUGGACCUGGACCCCCCCACCGGCGGCGGCAGCUCCGAGGGCAAGCACAAGAGGGCGCCGUCCGACGUCCAGAGCACCGAGCAGCUGGAGCAGACGAUGGACGGCGACAACCAGAUCGUGUUCACGCACCGCAUCAACAUCCCCAAGCAGGCCUGCGGCUGCAACAACAACCUGCCCGACAUCAAGGACAUCCUGAACCGGCUGGAGAUGCUGGAGUCAGAGCUGUCCGGCCUGAGGGAGCAGUGCAGCAGCGGGACGGCCUGCUGCGGAGCGCCAGUCACGGGCGAGGUGGCCACCAAGCCCUACUGCAACGGCCGAGGGAACUGGAGCAGCGAGACCUGCGGCUGCGUGUGCGAGGCGGGCUGGAAGGGACCCAACUGCACCGACCCCGAGUGCCCCAACGACUGCCAGGACCAGGGCCGCUGUCUGGACGGCAAGUGCGUGUGCUUCGAGGGCUUCGACGGGGACGACUGCAGCCUGGAGGUGUGCCUGCUGGACUGCGGCGACUACGGCCAGUGCAUGUUGGGCUCCUGCCAGUGCGCGGAGGGCUUCAUCGGGGAGGACUGCUCCCAGACCAACUGCCUGAACAACUGCCUGGGCCGCGGCCGCUGCGUGGAGGACGAGUGCGUGUGCGACGAGCCCUGGACCGGGUACGACUGCUCCGAGCUCAUCUGCCCCAACGACUGCUACGACCGCGGCCGCUGCGACAAUGGCACCUGCUACUGCGACGAGGGCUUCAGCGGGGAAGACUGCGGCGACCUCACCUGUCCCAGCAACUGCAACAACCGCGGCGCGUGCGUGAACGGCCAGUGCCAGUGUCACGUCGGCUACGUCGGCGAGGACUGCUCCAAGCUCACGUGCCCCGACAACUGCAACGCGCGAGGGCACUGCUUCAACGGCAAGUGCAUCUGCGACCCGGGCUUCGAGGGCGAGGCCUGCGACAUCCUCUCCUGCCCGGACAACUGCAACCACAGGGGCAAGUGCGUGGACGGGCAGUGCGUGUGCGACGCGGGGUACCAGGGCGAUGACUGCGGAGACCUGUCCUGCCCCAACAACUGCCUGGACCGUGGCCGCUGCGUCAACGGCCAGUGCGUGUGCGACCACGGCUUCGCGGGCGACGACUGCAGCGUCAAGACCUGCCCCAAGGACUGCAUGGGCCGCGGGGAGUGCGUGGACGGCAAAUGCGUGUGCCUGGAGGGCUUCACAGGCCCCGACUGCGGAGAGCUCACCUGCCCCAACAACUGCCUAGACCGCGGGCGGUGUGUCAACGGUCAGUGCGUGUGCAAAGAGGGCUUUGUGGGCGAGGACUGCAGUGAGAAGACGUGCCCCAACAACUGUAUGGAGAGAGGCUACUGCGUGGACGGGAACUGCGUCUGCUUCGAGGGCUUCACGGGGGCGGACUGCUCGCUGCUCACGUGCGCGGGGAACUGCCAGGACCAGGGCCAAUGCAUGAACGGAGUGUGCGUGUGCGACGAGGGAUUCGUCGGUGACGACUGCUCCGAAGUCUCACCCCCCAAGGACCUGACGGUGGUGCCGGUGAACCCCGAGACGGUGGACCUGUCCUGGGUCAACGAGAUGGUGGUGACGGAGUACCUGGUCACCUACACGCCCACCGCCAUGGGGGGUCUAGAGAUGGAACUGCGCGUCCCCGGGGACCAGAAGAUGGCCACCAUCAAGGAGCUGGAGCCCGGCGUAGAGUACCUGAUCAGCGUCUACGCCAUCCUGAAGAACAAGAAGAGCGUCCCCGUCAGCGCCCGCGUGUCCACACAUCUGCCCGAGCCCGAGGGCCUGAAGUUCAAGUCGGUGCGGGAGACCUCGGUGCAGGUGCAGUGGGACCCCCUGGACAUCCCCUUCGACGGCUGGAACCUCAUCUUCAGGAACACCAAAGAGGAGAACGGCGAGAUCCUGAACAGCCUGGGCCAGCCUGAGACCACCUUCGAGCAGUCGGGCCUGGGGCCGGGCCAGGAGUACGAGGUCAAGCUGGAGGUGGUGAAGAACAAGAACCGUGGGCCGCCCGCCUCCAAGAACGUGGUCACCCGGAUCGACGCCCCCGGCCUGGUGAGCGUGCGCGACGUGACGGACACCACGGCCCUGGUGACGUGGUUCGAGCCCGUGGCCCAGGUGGACGGCGUGCGCGUGUCCUACGGGCCCAGCGCCGACCCCGCCGACCGGCAGGUGGUGGAGCUGGCGUCCUCCGAGACCCAGCACCACCUGGGGGGGCUGCGCCCCGACACGCGGUACCAGGUGGCGCUCGCCGCCAAGAAGGGAGACGUGCUGAGCGUGCCCGUCUACGAGACCUUCCUCACAGACCUGGACGCGCCCAGGGACCUGCAGACCCUGGAGGUGACGGACGAGAGCCUCACGUUGGAGUGGAGGAACAGCGCCGCCCCAGUGGACAACUACCGCAUCAAGUACGGCACACUGUCAGGGGGCGAGCACGGAGAGCUGCUGUUCCCCCCCGGCGCCGGAGCCAACACCCGGGCCAAGAUCACAGGCCUGAGACCGGGCACCGAGUACGGCAUGGGGGUCACCGCCGUGAAGGAGGAGCGCGAGAGCCUGCCCACCACCACCAACGCCGUCACAGCCCUGGACGCCCCCAGGGACCUGCGCGUGGUGGGCGUGACGGAGACCACCAUGUCCCUGGAGUGGAGGCGGCCCAUGGCCAAGCUGGACGGCUACAGGCUGGUGCGCGUGUCGCCCGACGGCCACAAGGCGGAGGUGACGGUGCCCGGCAGCGCCGACACCCACACCCUGAGGGGCCUGAGCCCCGGGACGCUGUACACCAUCAGCAUCGCCGCCGAGAGGGGCCGGCGCACCAGCACGCCCACCACCGUCUCCGCCCCCACAGAGGAGGAGAAGCCCGUGGUGACGGAGGUCACGGUGAGCGAGGUCACAUGGGACGGCUUCACGCUGUCCUGGCGCGCCGACGACGGCGCCUUCGAGGGCUUCCUGGUGGAGGUGACGGACGCCGAGACGGGCGCCGAGUGGCGCAACCACACGGUCGACGGCGACGGCCGCAGCCUGGCGGUCACGGGGCUGUCGCCCGUCACCUGGUACCGAGCCAACGUCUACGGCGUGUGGCGCGGCGCCCAGAUGGAGCCCGUCCACGCCGACACCAUCACAGAGUCCGAGCCCGAGGUUCAGUCCCUCCUCGUGACGGAGGUGGGCCCGGACCGGUUUACCCUGACCUGGGAGGCGGAGGAGGACUCCUUCGACACCUUCGUGGCCAUGGUGCGCGGCGUGGGGCUGAGCGGCCCGCAGGAACGCGUCCUGGCCGGCGAGGACCGGAGCGCCGCCUUCCCGGACCUCAGAGAGGACACCGAGUACGAGAUCGAGCUGUUCGGCCUGGUCGCCGGGCGCCGCUCCAAGUCGCUCACCGCCGUGGCGCAGACAGAGCUGGGCACACCCACCGGGAUCCGCUUCUCGGACGUCACCGACACGUCGGCCAUGGUGCACUGGAUGGUCCCGCGGGCGCGCGUGGACAGCUACCGCGUCACCUAUGUGCCCGCCCACGGAGGGAGUCCCCGGAGCGUGACGGUGGACGGAGGGGAGUCGUCCACGGUGCUGUCCAACCUCACCCCAGGGGUCAUGUACCACGUGGCCGUCAUCGCCUCCAAGGCCUCCAGGGAGAGCGAGCCCGGCUCGGACACCGUCACCACCGCUCUCGACAAGCCGCGAGGUCUGACUGCGGUCAACAUCUCUGACACCGGAGCUCUGCUGCUGUGGCAGCCCGCCAUCGCUACCGUGGACGGCUACAUCAUCACCUACAGCGCUGACACCGCAGCGUCGGUGAUGGAGCGCGUGUCCGGCAACAUCGUGGAGUUUGAGAUGAACUCGCUGGUGCCGGCCACCCACUACACGGUGAAGGUGUACGCCAUGAGGGAAUCGGCCAAGAGCGCCGCCACCUCCGCAGACUUCACCACCGACGUGGACACGCCCACGGACCUGACGGCCACCAACGUCCUGACGGACAGCGCCCAGCUCACCUGGACACCCCCCCGUGCCGACAUCACCGGAUACAUCCUCAGCUUCCAGUCCACCGACGGCACCGUCCGGGAGGUGGUCCUGAGCCCCACCGCCACCUCCUACAGCAUGACGGCGCUCAGUGCCUCCACAGAGUACUCCGUCAGGCUGCAGGCCAUCGCAGGGCCCAAGAGGAGCAGCAUCGUCUCCACCCUCUUCACCACCACGGGCGUGCUCUACACCCACCCUAAGGACUGCUCCCAGGCCCUGCUGAACGGGGACACGACGUCAGGCCUGUACACCCUCUACCUGCUGGGGGACCAGAGCCAGCCCAUCCAGGUGUACUGCGACAUGACCACGGACGGGGGCGGCUGGAUCGUUUUCAUCCGACGCCAGAGUGGCAAACUGGAGUUCUUCAGGAACUGGAAGAACUACACGGCCGGCUUCGGAGACAUGAACGAUGAGUUCUGGCUUGGUCUCACCAACCUCCACAAGAUCACAGCAGGGGGGCAGUACGAGCUGCGCGUGGACCUGCGGGACAAGGGAGAGUCGGUGUACGCCCAGUACGACAAGUUCUCCGUGUCGGAGCCCCGGACGCGCUACAAGGUCCACGUGGGCGGCUACAGCGGCACCGCAGGUGACUCCAUGAUCUACCACCACGGCCGUCCGUUCUCCACGUACGACAACGACAACGACAUCGCCGUCACCAACUGUGCGCUGUCCUACAAGGGGGCCUUCUGGUACAAGAACUGCCACCGGGUCAACCUCAUGGGUCGCUACGGCGACAACAGCCACAGCAAGGGCGUCAACUGGUUCCACUGGAAGGGCCACGAGCAUUCCAUCGAGUUCGCCGAGAUGAAGAUCCGACCGGCCAACUUCCGGAAUCUGGAGGGGCGGAGAAAACGAUCGUAGACGCCUCCACCCCCCUCGCCACCUCCCCAUCCCCCCACCCGUCCAUCACACACUCCCCUCUGGACUCUGGACCCCGCCCUCACCCCACCCCGUCUCCAGCCCCCCCAGGUAAACCUCACACACCCACCUGCAGCCACCAAAGCCACUGCCACCUGGACACACCUGGACAGGCUCCACCUCAGCCCAGCUAGACACACCUGGAAACACACCUGGGCGAGCUCCACCUCAGCCCGCCUGGACACACCUGGAAACACACCUGGGCGAGCUCCACCUCAGCCCGCCUGGACACACCUGGACGCGCUCCGACUCCAUCCAACACUCUAAUUCUCUGAGAUGAAACACCCUCUCUCGCGGGGGGUUUUGUUAUUUUAUUUUCUAUAACGGCGUCGGUGGAAAUGUCACCGGCGCCAAAUUCGACGAGGAGAUUCCGAAGGAACGAAAAAAAGCACGGACUUAAGAACCGAAGCCCGCACAACCUUGUGUUCACACACCAAAGAGAGCGAGCCCCCCCCCCUCGCACCGCGCUCCCGCUCUUCCCCCGCCGCUCCGGCGUGCGGCUCGGAGUCUAAAGCACAACGAGACGAGACAGGUGGCCCCCGUCUCACGUCAGAGAACCCCUUCCUCCCCCUCACCCCUCGCCCCUCCCGACCCCCGGGACGUCCGCCGGCAGUGUGUCUCCGUGUGUCCCGGCCCUGCGUCCGAGGGACUGAACCGUUCGGCUAAUAAAGAAACUCUUCACCAACCGUACAAGUCUGUUCAUCUCAACCCCCAACGUUAGAUUAAGAAAGCACUGAUUAUUGUGACUCUCAGAGUUACGUCCGCUACGGAGAGACCCCCCGUCCCCCCCGCCUCGUCACGCUCCAUCGCUGCUUGUUUGUCUCUGUGCGACUAACUGCCCCCCCCCCACUGCCUCACCCACCCUCUCCUCACCAGCCCCCCCUCCCGGCCCAGUUCAGCUGUGAUGGUUUGGAUUCAAAUACAAUUAAAAAUGUCCGCCCCUCCGCAUGGCUUGUGCACAUGGAUGGAGUGUUGCUAUUGGUUGUGUAAACCCCCGCCCCGCCCCCUAAACACACACACACACACACACGUGCACGCACAUACACACAGGCCACUUUUCAGCUCUUGCAUCAUGGGUCUUGGGAGCGUACGAACGCGGAGAGAGAGAGAGACGGAGAGAGGAGAAUAUUCAGUUUUCCUUGGUUAGGGUUUCUCCAUGAAUCUGAGGCAGGACCUGUUAUUCAGCGUGUGAUGAGAUGGAGAUCGAUCAUUGUUAUUAUUAUUAUUGUUAUUUUUAUUAUUAUAAUUAUUGUUUUUUUGUUGUUGUUUUUUUCAAAAUGUGAAUACCGUACUUCAUUGUCGAUCAAGAGAAUGUUUUGUGUUGUCAAAGUGUGAAAGAUGUGGAUUCUCAUAACACGGACGUUGUAGCGUGAGAACGGCCCAUUCCAGUUGACUUUAAAGUGUCGAUAUCGUAAUAUAAAAAUAAUUAUCUUUUGGGCAGAACCAAACUAAAAACCCCCCUCCUCCCUCCCCUCCCUCACUGGGAAACUAACCCAACCCCCCCCCCCCCCCCCCCAGAUACCUGUGUAAAUUACGUCUCUCUAGGCUCUUGUUUUCAGAUUCUGUCAUAUGUUUAUAACUGGGUGAACUACAGGUGUUUCUGUGUAAAACGUAUUACAAUAAAACAAAGUUUGUUUAAAAUCAA